AAGGCGAAAUACUUGAACCUCGCUCAAGAAAUAAUUAGGACUCCCUCUGAAGGUUAAAGUAGAAUCAGUCGUGCGGAAAUAUCUCGCCUGGAAGGCGAGUAAUCCGCUCCGAGAAUCAUGAUUGCCGACCCCUUCUAAUGCCGAGUCGUAACUGCGCCACUGUUUUCACAUUUGAGGAAUAUUGGACGUGCUAAAUAGGAACCGUGCAUUACCUGACAGCGCGCAACCACCAGUCGAGUGGUUCAUUCGUCUCGUGGCGUCGCCGUGCUCCAAUACGUCAGUCUAUGUUUGCUCGGCCGUCAGCGAAGACGACGAGCGACGCAACGUGAACUACGAAAACACGUUUUGCAAGUGCCACGGAAAAAACAAGAUCACCUCUCAAAUCACGAACAAAUUCAUGCAGAAUUUGACGCGGUGACGUUGGAAAAAUAAAGCAGUGAUGUAGUUCAGAUUUUAUCGUACCAGGUAAUCGAGUGUAAUAAAGUGUGCAAAUUUAUUUCGCAUGAGACCGGUAGAAUAAGGCUAGAAGUUUAUUGCGCGAAGGAUCAGAAGUCAAGAUGAUAACGGUACCAAUAUCAGCCUCCAGUCCCUACAGAUCUUACAGCGACGGCAAUAAGGUCGCUAAGGAGCCCUUGGUCAGGGCAGCGGAAGAUCAUCUUUUGCCGAAUGCACAAAUUUGUAAAGAGUCCUUGAAAGACAUGAAGGAACAUUCGGCAGCCCAACGAAUGGAGAGAGAUAAGGACUUGCCACAGCGGUCGCAGAGCAGCGCGGCUAGCUUAAUUUCUAUAGGUGCCGAUAUAUCUCCGAGUUCUUCCCAAUUCUUUGAAGUAUUCUAUAUUGGCAAAAUCAAAGUAUCGAGUCCAAAAGUACCAGAAUCAUUCAUUGACGAUGCCUUGAUAAAGUUUCGCGUUCAUGGACUUGAAAAAUCGAGAUCUUCAACAAGUAAUCUUCUGUCAGAUUGCCAGCGGUUGAAACGUCAAGCUUUGAUGUCUUCCAUUAAUAGGAGAAACAGUACGGAAUCUACCGCCAGUGAAUCAGGCAGUAUUGAGAACGUGUCAGGAAAUAGUAUAAUUCCAAGCGUGAAUCCGCUUGGAAUACCGCCAGUCUUAAGUAGCUCCGUGGAGACUUUUCCAAGAACAACUACCAACCCUGCAGAAAACGAUGGUCGUGAUGGGAAUCGGACAUCCGAAUCUUCCGCUACUUCUAAUAUCACUGUACCUGAAAUUAUGCGAAAUCGCGCGGCAUCUACUGGCAGUGUUUUAAGCGGCAGAAGAGAUUCUACUAUUAAAGGAAACGAUGAUCACAAUCGCACUAUGGUUUUUCAGGUAGGGCGAUUUGAUCUGAGAUUGAUUAGCCCUGACAGAAAGCAGAUUCUUCUGCAUAAACAAUUAAAAGACGUAGCCAGUUGCGCACAAGGCAUAAAAAACCCUGAGCACUUUGGAUUUAUUUGCAAAGAAUCGGAAUAUUUCAUCGGAUAUGUCUUCAAAUGCCAAUCCGGAUCAGUCGCCGAUGACCUUGUUGCAGCAAUUAGUCAAGCUUUUCUUACGACUUGCGAUGUUGUAAGAAAGGAGAGGUAUCCUGUAUUUUCUUGCGAUCACUGUCCUAUGUAUUGGUAUAAUAAAUUAUGCCAAGAAAUUGAAGGGCAAAACGAUAGAAGAGUUCAAAGUAUUAUCUUUUCCCGUAUGGAGUUAUUACCGGAGGAUGAGCAGGAAAUCGUUGUGAGCAAGUAUAAGGGCGCCGAGGCUGCGGGUAACAUUGGCGUAAGUUCCUCAAGUUUACGAGAGCAAAAUCAAUUCUUAAUGCGACUAUUGCGUGCUCAUUGCGAGUCGAAACAAGCUAGACAUGUACAUGAUACGGCUGAAAAUAGGAGUGAAUUUCUUAAUCAAUAUCUAAGCGUCGGUGUUGGUAGCACGAUAUUUAUGAAAGCAAAACGCUCUCUUACAAAUAGUUUUGAUAAUCUCAUGAAAAGAAAAGGUUCGCGUGAUGAUUUCGGUCUGGGCCCGCAACUGAGAGACACGAACCAUCUGAGUACGGGGAUACAAAAGUAUGGUAGUCAGAGUCCAGAUAAUUCGCGACAAUCAUCUAUAUUGGAUAUUUCACCGGAAUCCAGUAGACCAAGAUCAUUGCGUGUUUCGCCUGAACAGCAAAUUGUAAAUAACGGACCAAAGAGUUCCAUGAUGGAUAUCUUUUUAAAAGUUGGUAACUCACCUAAAACAUCCCCCACGGAGACCGACGGGAAUAGCACAAUACAAGCCAAUAGUUCGUGGCGGCAAACGAUACUAAACAGAGUUGUGACGCCGAAUAAAGAUCAUAAUGCUACGGAAAUUGAAAAAAUCAAUAUCCUAAAAAAUUCGGAAACGCCCGUUAAACGUAGAUCAAAACAAGAAUUGCGAGAUUUGUGGAAGAAAGCGAUCAAUCAGCAACUAAUACUUAUAAGAAUGGAAAAAGAAAACGCAAAACUUAGAGAACGUCAAGAGGAGGCAACAGUAAAAAGGAUUAAACUCGAAUACGACGAGCUUAGUAGCUGCGCGCGUGAAGUAAUAGAAGUUUGGGACCUUCUUGUUAGUAAAGAAUCGCGAGUCUCUACUAAAUGUGAUAAUCAAAUGCUUUUACAUGCUAUUAAGCAAGGUGUACCAAAAGGAAAAAGAGGUGAGGUGUGGCAGUUUCUAGCCGAGCAAUUCUGCUUAAAACAACCACCUAUAGAUACUCAAGAUUUUCCAAAUUACAACACACCGUAUGAACUUCUCCUUAAGCAACUCACAUCUCAACAACAUGCUAUCCUUAUUGAUUUAGGAAGAACUUUUCCGAGUCAUCCGUAUUUUAGUUCACCCUUGGGACCUGGUCAAUUAGCACUCUUUAAUUUAUUGAAGGCCUACUCCUUGCUAGAUCAUGAAGUUGGUUAUUGUCAAGGCCUCAGUUUUGUCGCCGGAGUGCUUCUAUUGCAUAUGGCGGAGGAUCAAGCCUUUUUCUUAUUACGGCAUCUAAUGUUUCGUCGAGGACUUAGAAAAUUAUACUUGCCAGAUAUGGCAGCAUUGCAAUUACACUUAUAUCAACUCUCUAGACUGUUACACGAUCGCUUGCCAAGUAUUUACAAUCAUUUCGAUAAACAUGAAGUUUCACCUACUUUAUAUGCUGCUCCGUGGUUAUUGACGCUGUUUUCUAGCCAAUUUCCUUUAGGUUUUGUAACCAGAGUUUUUGAUUUACUUUUUCUGGAAAGCUCCGAAGUUCUUUUCCGUGUAUCGGUCGCAUUAUUAGAAGAACACCAAGAUCAAUUGCUAUGUUGCGAUAGCUUUGAAGAAAUUAUGGAAUAUCUCAAGACACGUGUGCCGGCAAUAGACAAACAAAGUUUAGAUCGCAUAAUGAAACGUGUAUUUUAUCCUGACUUGGAAAUCACAAAACAGUUGAACGAAUACAGAGUAGAAUACCAAGUGCUUCAAGAGGAAAUGAUAUCGGUGAAGCCACAAAUGGAGAAUUUGGAGAAAUUCAAAUUAAGAAAUAAGCAACUCACGCAAGAAUUUACACAGCUUAGCGAGCAACUUGAGAUUACUAUGAGCAACUUACAUAGGCUCGAAACAGCGCGUUCAAUGCAACAAACUACUAUCCAUAGACUUGAGUCUCAAAAUCGCAGCCUUGAAGUAACAGUGUCUACAUUGGGUGCGUUUAUUCAGCAAUUAGCGGAUACACGUGCUGAUAUCGAAGUCCCGGGCGAAGUUCGUAGAAUAAUCGCACAGCUUAGUAUGGUCGAAAAACGACGAAAUACUAGUACCAAAUCAUAUCCUUUAAAAGUCAUCGAAGACAACAAGCACGGAAUGAUAAAAAGUAAUUCAACUGGAAGAGAAUCUCAAAAUCUUUUAAGGAAUAACAGCAUGGAUACACCGUACCCAUUGAAGUCCACUCUAAGCCAACCCAACUUAGCAACGAAAUUAGAGAAAGUCUCUUCGUUCUUUUCGAACUCACACAAUCACAUACAAAAACAACGCGCGCAAUUAGCAGCUCUUAGAAAUGAGUAUUCUGAACAAGUAAGAAAUAAUGACGAGAAUGAUCCUAAGACAGUCAACAUCGACAUUCAAAUUACGGAUACUAUGAAUCUGGCAAACAAUCCGGUUCCACAAAACGAAAACAAUUUAAAAGUUCCAGCUACCAAUUUAGAGAAAUCGAUAUCGUUACCACUGAAACUCAAAUUGAAAUCGUCGAAGUCAGCAUACGAAUUAAGUUCUGUGAGAAAGGUUCCCACUAGUAAGCUCGAAGUUACGAGUAAUGAUUCAUUAACAAAUUUGACAGGAACAAUACACCCACUCGAUACUUGUAGCGAUGUGAAUUUCCGGUUUAGUGGAACCACGAAACUAAAAUCUAUCAAACCUGUGAAAUCUAGUCAGAGUUGCCAGGAAGAUAGUAGUAACAAACAAAAGCCAGAACAAAUCUCCGAUCCUUUAAACAGAUAACAGUUACUUUCAAAUGCAUCUUCAAAGAGCAUCUUAUCGAAAAGAAUUUUCAUAAAAAAUAUAUAUUUAAAACGAUACUGGUGAUGAGUAGCUUAAAUUAAAGGUUGCAUCUUUAUAUUUGAUUAGUUUUGUGAUUUCCGCGCCAUAAAUUAGCCAAUUUUGAACGGAGAAGUUUCAAAACUGGCUAAUUUAUAUAAUGACAGAGGGAAGGAAAAAUAAUUCUUUUUUAUUCUUAUUCAGAUCUAAUGUGUUUGGCAACACAUUACAACUUAUGAAAGUGAAAUGUUCUGAAACUAUAUUGAACAUUUUUGAAAAUCUCACGUACAGAUAUAUAGUCGAUUGAAAAUCUACUAUCUUCAAAUGAACAUUUAAAACUAUAUAUAAAGACGUAUUAAGUAUUCAGAAAAUGAGAUAGAUAUCAAAAUAAGGUACUAAAGCAUACAUAUAUACAACCAGUUUCAGAUUGCCAAAGGAAGUGCCAAACUUUCUCUCUCUGUGUUAGAAUAUUUUAUAAUAAGACAAAAACGAUUUUAGUUA